AUGUACCGAAUUGGAGUCGACGUCGGUGGAACAAACACCGACGCCGCCAUCCUUGACAUCAAUGCGCUCGAUACCGACUCGCGUGGUGUGCUGGCCACAUGCAAGACGUCCACGACAUCCCACGUGACGCUAGGCAUCCAAGACGCAGUCAGAGAGGUGCUCGCUCGCUCGAACAUCGACCGAAGUAAAGUGCUGAAUGUCGCCAUUGGGACGACGCACUUUGUGAAUGCCGUGGUUGAGAACGAUGCCCGGAGACUCGAUCGGGUCGCCGUGAUAAGGCUGUGUGGCCCCUAUACCAGGAAGAUCCCCCCCUUUGCAGACUUCCCAUAUGCAUUGAAGAGUAUCAUCGAGGGACCUGCCUUCUACCUCGACGGAGGACUUGAAAUUGACGGCCGGGAGAUCUCUCCGCUCAACCCGGACCAGAUCAAAGCCACCGCGGCGGCGAUCGUGGAAGUAGGCAUCCAGUAUGUCGCUGUUGUCGGAGUGUUCUCUGCGCUCGACCACAACGGCAUCCACGAAGAACGAUGCAGAGCACUCUUGCAACAGUUCGAACCCAGCCUCUCUGUCGUCUGUUCCGGCCAGAUCGGCGGGACGGGACUCUUGACCCGCGAGAACGCCACCAUCCUGAACGCAGCCAUCCUGGGAUUCGCCCGCAGGACCAUUCGCGGCUUCAGGCUUGCCAUGCACAAGCUUGACCUCUCGUGUCCGCUGUAUCUCACUCAGAAUGACGGGACACUCACGGAUGCGGCGGUGGCGGCGGAGUUGCCCAUCAAGACAUUCGCCAGUGGUCCCACCAACAGUCUGAUGGGAGCCGCUUUUCUCCAGGGGCUCGAUCAUGGCGACCAACGACUCGCCGAUAAGCAGGUUGUGGUGGUGGACAUUGGCGGGACGACGACCGAUAUCUGCUCGCUCUUGCCGUCCGGAUUCCCUCGACAGGCGCCUAACUUCGUCGAGGUGGGCGGCGUGCGCACGGCGUUCUCCAUGCCUGAGGUGCUUUCCAUCGGUCUUGGGGGAGGGAGUCGCGUGCGUCAGUUGGCGGCGGAUGGUGGCAAGGUCACGGUUGGUCCGGACUCGGUGGCCCAUCGUCUCACAACUGACGCCAUGGUGUUUGGAGGGAACAUCAUGACAGCGACGGACAUCGUCGUGGCUUCAAGGGCGGCCAGCGUCGGUGACUACGAGAAGGUCAAAACCAUCCCCGAACAGCUGAUCGCCAAAGGAAAAGCCGACAUCAAACGACAGCUGGAACGGGCCAUCGACAAGAUGAAGGUCUCGUCUGCACCCGUGUCUGUCCUUCUCGUCGGCGGAGGCUCCAUCAUCCUCACGGAAGACCUUGACGGGGUCGAAGAAUGUCUCCGGCCGCCCCAUCACGACUCGGCGAACGCCGUGGGAGCCGCCAUCGCCAAGGUGGCGGGGGAAGUCGACGUGAUUGAGAUAUUGGCCGGCCGAGACGAGAACGUCGAGAUCGAGGCCGUCAAGAAGAAGGCGAUCGCGGCCGCCUUGUCGAACGGUGCCGACGAGAGGGACGUCAAAAUCGUCGAGAUCAAGAAAAUUCCGUUGCAGUAUGUGACCAACAAAGCCACCAGGUUUGUGAUGAAAGCCGUCGGGAGUCUUCGGGCCCGAGACGACGGUCCCCUGCAGAAUGGCGUCUCAAACGGCAAGCUCGGCCACGACGAGCAAGAACUGGAUGCUGACACGAUAACACCCGAAGAGGCGUCGAAGGCCGAGGCGACAGAUGUGCAGAAGGGCAGCCUCGCGAAGCCGACAUUAGGUGUCGACAUUGCCCAGUAUCGCCCCGACGUCAGGGAUGGCGUGUGGUACAUCUCCCCCGUCGACGUGCAACUCAUCGCUUCCGGCGCAGGGGUGCUCGGCACGGGCGGCGGCGGCUCGUCGUACCUGAUGGCCCUGUACACGUUGGACAUCCUGCGCAAAGCGGGCCCGGGCGCCAUCCGCGUCGUGUCGCUCGAGUCUCUCAAGGACGACGCCACCUGUGUGUUCGGGGCGGGAUACGGCGCGCCGUCCGUCAGUGACGAGCGGGUCAGCGCCGGCACGGACGUGUUCGCGGCCAUCGACGCCGUAAACAGCAUCAUGGGCAUCAAGGACUUUGACGGCAUCGUGGCAGACGAGAUCGGCGGAGGGAACGGGCUGGUGACCUUUCCCACCAGUGCCCGCUACGGGCGACCCGUGGUGGACUGCGACUUGAUGGGUCGUGCGUAUCCGACUCUCGAGCACGGCACGCCCUAUAUCUAUGGACAGCCCGUGCUGCCCUUUGCGACGGCGGACUGUAAAGGCAACGCGGCUGUGGUGCUGUCCGCCGAAUCCAACAAGCGAGUCGAAUCGCUGAUCCGCCAGACGUGUAUUGAGAUGGGCAAUUCGUCUGCGGCGGCGGGACGACCGCUCUCAGGCAAAGUCAUCAAGGAAUACGCCGUGCCCAACACCGUCUCGCAGUCGUGGUACCUGGGCCGCGCGGUGCACCUCGCCCGUGAAUCGAAAGUUGAUUUUAUCGAAGCCAUUUCGAGCAUCACCCCGGUCAAAGAGCUCUACGUGGGCAAAAUCGUCGACGUGACCCGCGACGUCUCGCGCGGCUAUACCGUCGGCCGGUGCGUGAUUGCGCCGCUGUCCGCCGACGAGCAAGACGACGACCACCACCACCACCACGACUCAAGCUCAAACUCAUCCACCACGGCCACCAACACCCGCGCGACCCGUGAAACCCGCCACCUGGUCAUCCCGUUCCAGAACGAAUACCUUUCCGCGGGGUAUAUCGCGCGGUAUCCGCCCCCAACCUCCUCCUCCUCCUCCUCGUCACAUUCGGAACAAAAGCUCGAUGACGACGACGAGGAGGAAGAGGAGAUCAUCUGCACGGUGCCGGACCUGAUCUCCAUCCUCGGCAGCGACGGCGAAGCGCUAGGGUCCCCCGAACUGCGCUACGGUCUCCAGGUCCGCGUCAUCGGCAUGCCGGCCUCGCCGCUGUGGACCGGCAGCGCCGAGGGCCUGCGGGUCGGCGGGCCCGAGUUCUUCGGCUUGAAGUGUCGCUGGGAGGAGGUCCGGGAGCGCGGCAGAACCAAUGGCACCGGAGGCGUGGGAGAGUAUCAGACGCCCCGCAGUGUCAUUGACGAGUUCAAUGUGAGCUGCUAG